AUCUUGUUUAUGAAAGAUUUUGUACCUUAUCAACUCAUAUAUUAUCAUUAUUUUUAAUUAAUUAAUGGGCAUUUCUAUUAGGGCUGGCUAUUUGGUCCUGGACUGUUUGGUUUUACCCAGAACCGGACCGUAUAACCUGGAUCGGAUAGCAAACAAUGCAGUCUCAUAUUCGGGCUUAGAUUUGAGGUAAGAACCGGAUAAAGACCGGAUAAGAGACCCCCAACACCUAAAAUCAAGAUAAAAUUGGGACCGGACCGGGUUAAGACCGGACCAGAUCAAGACCGGACUGUAUCUAAUCCAAUCUUUGGUCUUUAUAUUACCGAAAAGACCGGACUGGAACCGAAUCAAUUUGGUCCAAUUUAACCGGACCGGACCGUAUAGCCACCCCUAAUUUCUACUAGGUACACUCUAAUUUGAAAUAUGUUUGGGUUAGAACUAUAAUUUUAUCAUUAAAUUCCAAAAUUUUACCGCCAAACCUCAGUUUUGAUAAUUCAUGUGGAUGCUGUUAUUAAUCAACCAUGAUAAGAGCCCAAUCAACAAAUACACAUAUUUACUCGUAUAGAACUUUUCAUAAUGAUCGUAGUUAGAUGAAUUUCAAAGGUUGUAUCAAGUAAGUAGUGGAGCUAAUGGGUGCGAUUUUUUUAUUAGUCGUUAAGCAAAAAAAAAAAAUUGUUUAUGAAUAAUUCAACCGAUAACUCUUACAAUUUAAAUACAUGUUAUCAAUUCGGUUAGCUGUUUAACUAAAAACCAACUGGGGGAGUGAAAUGUAAAUAAUAAAUUGGAAUUUAUGAAAUUGUGAAUCAAUGAGUUUGGACAAAGAGGCGGGCCUACCAGGAAUCCAAUACACAGCAGACACAGUUCACCAAUUGAUACCCUAACUCAGCUGAUCCAUCGGCCGCCCGUCUUCAGGUUGAAGGGAAUGUCACACUCCACCGUCACAAAGAAAUCUAAACUCCGUCUCUCAUGUCCCUUUAUUACCCCCAUCAAUUUCAUCAGAAAAUGCAGCCACGCACCGACUUCUGCUACAUUUUUUUUUUUCUUCUUUCUGUACAGUUUUUGCUUCUUCUUUCUUCUUCUUCUUCCCUUACUGCACGACAAUGGCCACCAAAGCGGCUCUUCUCCACAAACCCACCUCGAAAAUCUCCAUCCCCCGUCCGUACCAGACCAAUCCCUUCAAACCCAGUUCGCAUAUUCGUGUUUAUACUCCGAAAUUGGCCGGAUUUCGUGGAACUACGACGAGGGGGAUUACUGGACUUUCGUCGAACACCUUGCCUGCAGAGUCAUUGAAGUCUCCUGGAACUAGCAUGCAGAGUAACGACUACAGAAUGGGAGCGCGUGACGGGGAAGCUUUUGUGAAGGAGUCACCCUAUGGACUGGAAGCCGCCCUCAACAGUGUGAGCAAAUGGUUAGUGUCUGCAGCUUUCGGUGCUUUCUUCGUGUGGAGGCAUCACAACGCAGACGUGCUGUGGGUGGCCACUGGUGCUGUGGUUAGCUGUGUCCUGUCAGUUGCACUUAAGCGGAUUCUGAAGCAGGAGAGGCCACUUGCUACAACCAGAUCUGACCCUGGAAUGCCUUCUUCACACGCUCAAUACAUAUUUUACGUUCUUACUUUCGGCGUUCUCGCAACUGUUGAAUGGCUAGGAGUAAAUGCUACUUCAGUCAUCCUCAGUGCAUUACUUUUGGCAUGUGCCUCCUAUUUCUCGUGGCUACGAGUAUCGCAGAAACUGCACACAGGGAGCCAAGUUGUGGUUGGAGCAGCAGUGGGUACAGGUUUCUCAGCUCUGUGGUGUUGGCUAUGGAAUCAAUUUGUGUUGCGGGCUUUCAUUUCCUCUGUGUGGGUUCGGGUGGUGGUUGUUUUGGGCACUCUUACAUUCUGGGGAUGCGUCAUGUACUCCUCGGGUCUGCUGAAAAUCAAUAGUCCAUGGAUAUAAUUAUAAUCCGAACUCAAGAGAGAUUUUUUGGAGUAAUCAGGAAGUAACUGCACGAAGAGGGUUCAAUAUAAGAAACAAAAAAAAAUAUAUCAUUGUAAUAUACCCGUAUACUAUCGGUAUACUUAUUUUACCACUACAACUAUGGUUCACUUAGUAUGGUAGAGUCAUCUUAUUUUACCCUAUUUAUUUGGUGCUUCAUUUAUUAAAUAUGUGUAGCAUAUUUGUUUUACAUAUUUUAAGAAAUUCAAUUUUAUAUA